AUGAAAUUGCUAAUAACUAUAUUUUUGUGUUUAAGUGCUUAUGCUUUUACAGAUUAAAUGAUGUCUUUAGAAGAACUAGCAAAAUUUGAUGUGAAAAGUGUAGAUUGUACAAAGAAUGAUUAAAUAUCUUUAAUUGAAAAAUAAAUGUAAUAAUGGGAAGACUUAUUAAAACAUUAAAAAGCUAUUACUCAUGAUAUUAAAAUAUUAAAAUCUAUGGAACAUCUAUUAUCAUAAAAAUCAAGUUCAUUUUUAGAAGUUUAAACCUAAAUUUCUGGAAAAAAAUUGAUGAAAAAAUUACAUAAAUUAGAAUUGCCUUUAACUAAAAGUAAAAUUGGAUUAACAUAAGUUUAAUUAUUGAAAGAAUAAUGCAAAGGUUUAGAUUCUGAAAGUAAAAAUAGAUUAUAAAUUUAAUAGAUCCUGAAGAAAGAGCUUAAGCAAAAAAGGAAUUAUGUAAACUGUUAAAGGAAUAUGUUAAUAAUCUAAAUAAUUGUAAAUAAUAAUGCACUAAUUCUCCUGUUACAGUUAUUAAGAUUAAAGGAUAGAUUAAAGACUUAGAAAUUAUUAGAGAUAAUUGUUAAAAUGGAAAAGUUAGUGGUGUUAAAGUUAUAACAAUAGAUGGUGAGAAUGAAGAAUAUAAAGUAGGACCAGAUGGAACAGCUGAAAAACAAUGAUUAUUAAUAAAUAUUGAUUAAGUGAAAG